CUUCCUGUGCUCCUUUCUCCAUGCAUCAACAUGCCCUGGCCGGCUGGCCCUGGCCCCUUUCUCUCUCUCCCUCUGGGCCUGAUGAUUCUGUUGCAAAGGCUGCACUGGGAAGCCGCCAUCAAUGGCCGUGUUUCACCUUUCCCUUCCCCGUCUUCCCCGUGCCGAUCCCUCUGAAAAGAUUCCCCGUCGUCUCGCUUUCUUUCCCAAAGAGGACCACUGGAGUCUGGUCCGGACGGCUGCAUCACUGACUCUCACUGUACUGUGCUUGGACCCUCCUCUCCCUCUCUCACUCAUAACGACAUGGCACCUUUGCAUUGCACCACACUACUAGUAGCCCAGUACCUCUUGAGCAACUUUGGUGGCCUAAUCCAGUGCCCUGAGCUUUGCAUUUGCAGCUCACAGGCACUGCAUGGUUUGGGUUGGUCCUUGUUCCUCAGCAGUUGAGCUGCACAAACCAACUUCUCUUGCACAAGUUCUUGGCAUAGCAUUGCAUCACAUGCCAUGUGAGUAGCUGACCAUAGCUCACUCUUAAGCACCACACCAGCAGCGGCAAACCACCGCUAGAUCUCCCAGGGAUUCGGCGAUGGAGCAGUCCUGCUACUUCCCUCUGCGGUGGGAGAGCACCGGCGACCAGUGGUGGUACGCGUCGCCGAUCGACUGGGCGGCGGCCGACGGCCACUACGACAUCGUGCGCCAGCUGCUGCACCUCGACCCCAACCUGCUCAUCAAGCUCACCUCGCUCCGCCGGAUCCGCCGCCUCGAGGCACUGUGGGACGACGACGCCCGCUUCGCCGACGCGGCCAGGCACCGCGCGUCCGUCGCGCGGAGCCUGCUGCUCGAGUGCGAGUGCAGGAACCACCACCCCGCCGGCGGCGGCGAGAACACGCUGCUCCGGGCCGGGUACGGCGGGUGGGUGCUGUACACGGCGGCGUCCGCCGGGGACGUGGCGUUCGUCCAGGAGCUGCUGGAGAGGGACCCGCUGCUCGUCUUCGGCGAGGGCGAGUACGGCGUCACGGACAUGUUCUACGCGGCGGCGAGGGGAGGGAGCGCCGACGUGUUCAGGCUGCUGCUCGACCACGCCAUGUCGCCGAGGUGCUCGACGAAUUGCCGCGACGGCGAAGGUGGCUCCGGGCGCGGCUCCGUGUUCCGGCUGGAGAUGAUGAGCCGGGCCGUCCACGCCGCGGCGAGAGGCGGGAGCGUGGAGAUGCUGAGAGAGCUGCUCGAGGAGCGGCGCUCCGGCGUUUCCGUGUACCUCGACGUCCGUGGAUCCACCGUGCUGCAUGCCGCUGCUGGGAGGGGCCAGCUGCAGGUUGUCAAGUACCUUCUGGCCUCUUUCGACAUAAUCAAUUCAACUGAUAAUCACGGGAAUACAGCAUUACAUGUAGCAGCCUAUCGAGGGCACCAACCUGUUGUCGAAGCAUUGGUUACUGCAUCGCCAUCAACCUUGUCAGCUAUCAACAAUGCUGGUGAUACGUUUCUCCAUUCAGCAGUUGCAGGAUUCAGGACCCCAGGAUUCCGACGGCUUGACCACCAAUUGGAGCUGAUGAGAUAUCUCAUACGCGAAAGAACGACAGAUAUCCAGAAGAUCAUCAACCUGAAAAACGACGCCGGACUUACCGCCCUUCACCUAGCUGUGGUUGGCUGCGCGCACCCAGACCUCGUGGAGCUCUUGACGACCACCCCGUCAAUCGACCUCAAUGCUGAAGACGCCAAUGGCAUGACCGCACUGGCACUGCUGAAGCAGCAGCUGCGUUCAGCAACGUCCGACCGCCUCAUCAAGCAGAUAGUCUCUGCCGGAGGAAUAUUGAAUUCCAGCAUUCUGAGAACCCGGUCAGCAAUCGCGUCCCAGAUUAAGAUGCAGGGGGGGUUCGCAAGCAGUCCCGGAACCACUUUCAAGGUAUCAGAUGCAGAGAUCUUCCUAUUCUCGGGUAUCGGAGCUGCAGAGUCUCAAAGGCCAAGCUCUUGCUCCAGCAAUGGCAAGGAUGACCCUGCUCACGCAGAUGCAAGCGGCGGGGAAAACCAUAGAUCGUCGGAGAAGAGGCUGAGCUCUGCGAGCCGUGCCAAGGACCGUCUGAAGAUGAUGCUGAGAUGGCCCCGGCACAAGGAGAAGAUGUCCAAGACGCCGAAGAAAUCGGAGGAGAGCAGCCCGCUGGACUCCAUCAAGAGGCUGGGCGAGCACGGCGUCGAGACCCCGGCUCCCCUGAGGCAGAAGUUCACCAAGACGACGGCGCUCAACGGAAAGCGGACGCUUGCGGUGAAGAGCUCCACCCCGAGCUCCUCGUCGGCCACCAAGAAGAAGCUCAACACGAAGCUGAUCCACGGCAUCAUGGAGGCGAUGCCGCAGCUGGCGGCUCCGUCGUCCGCGGCGCGGUCCCGGGCCACGAGCGACACUCUCCCGAGGUCGUCCAUGUCGUCCACCGCGCCGCCACCGACGCUGGCGAAGCUGAAGGACAUCUGCCUGGACGACGAGAUCUCCAUGGUGACGCCGCCCCCCGUCGGGAGGCUGAAGGACAUCAUCCUGGACAGCGACGACGCCGCGGAGGAGCCCUCGUGCUCCAACUCGUCCAUGGACGAUGGCAGCGGCGGCGACACGGGAGAGAGCGCGGCCCGGAAGCACGGGUGCGGCAACGGGAGGCUGAUCAACAUCUGCUUCGGCGCGCAGGGCCUCACCGUGGAGGACUCGGUGAGCGGGCAGCCGACGAGCAAGAUGUUCAAGCAGCAGUGCCUCAGGGUGUCAUGAUUGGUGUGGUGCUUCGUUGAGCUCCAUGGUUAACUGAUGCGUGUAUCAUAGCGUGGUGUGAACUGUGAUUGGUUUGGUAUCUCUCGCGUGUAGCAAGGCGUGAUUGAUUUUCUGGCUGUGCCGCCUUGCAUUACUAGUGGCGAUCCAAUGUAUUUGUUCUUGUGUUAAACUGAUGCUGGUGACGAAUUCACAGCUCAUUUCUAAUUCA